UUAUAUUACAAUAUACGUAAUUAAACGUUUUAUACUCUCUGGAUAAACAAUAUUUUGAUAAUGCUAUAACAGAAAGUAACACCUAAUACACGGAUAUCGUUUACACAAAAGCCGGGUUCACACAUUUACUAAUCGUUGAAGGCCAAUUUUACUUUCAUGCAAUAUUAUAUAUAGCGUAGAUUUUAAUUUUUAACUUGUUAACUUUCAUGCAUGCGUAUUGUGGCGGAUCGGACAAUUUUGUUCUUGCAUACAUACGAGGUGUGAUCAAAAAAUACCGGGAUUUUUUUUUUAUUUAUUUAAAUACACAAAUAAUAUUUCAAAUAUUAGUCUCCUUUAAAGUAUUCACUACCCGAUGUUAUACACUAGUCCCAUAUCUCCUGCCACUUUUUGAAGCAGUGUUGGAAAUCUUCAACUUUAAUUUGUUUGAGUUGAUCCACUGCAUUCUUUUUUACUGUUUCGAUAUCAUCAAAUCUUUGUCCUUUGAGUAAAUGACUACUACGAUGAUGCCAUAUCGUUGCCGUUGCGGCGGCGGGUUGAUUUCGACAUUAAUGGCGGCUGCUGUCCUCGUGUGCGGUGCUGUCGCAGGGACGAUGCAAGUCGAGUACAGCUGGGUGUACGUGGACUAUACAUUUGUCAGUCCGAAUCACCGAGAAUCGGCCAUCAACUCCGGGAAGUUCAUUCCUGAAAACUGUGUCAUACUGGACGUGGACAUAUUUCAAGAUAAAAAUAUUGGUUUGAAUUCAAAUUCUGCUGUUAUCAAACAACGAGUGUUUGUAACGGUUCCUCGUAUCAAGCCGGGAAAUCCUGCAUCGAUCGCAGAAGUAGUUCCAGGAGAUCGCCCAAGUUCCGUGCUAUUAGCGCCGUACCCGAAUUGGAAGGUAAAUACGAUUUCGGAAGGCACGAUCAAUUGCGACAAUACGAUUGUUUCAGUAUUUAGAACCAAAAUUGACUAUCUAGGUCGAUUUUGGGUUGUUGAUGUCGGAACAUUAGACCAAUUUGAUAUGGCAGCUCGUUCCGUGUGUCCUCCAAAACUUUUGAUAUUUGACUUGAAAAAUGGCGAUAGAGUUAUAAAAAAGUAUAAAUUUCCAUCGUCACAGGUAAAAGACGUUUCGUUGUUUACUAACAUCGAAGUCGAUAUCAGAGAUUCAAAAGCCUGUAAUACAUUUGCAUACAUAACUGAUACUGAUGCAUAUAAACUUGUAGUGUACGAUUUUAAAAAUGACGAAAGUUGGGUGAUAGAUCAAGCUUACUUCUACCCGUUCCCAAAUAAGGCUCAUUUUAAAAUUAAAGGAGUUGACUUAGACUUUAUGGAUGGAAUAUUAGGAUUAGCCUUAGGUCCUAUAAUACAAAACGAUCGAAAAUUGUAUUUUCACGCCUUCGCUAGCAUCAGGGAAUCGUGGGUGAACACCAACACAUUACAAAAUAAAUCGAUGUUUCAAAAUGGUUUAAUCGACGGUUCCGGUAGAUUCUUUUUGUCUUCGGAAGUUAGAGAAACCCAAUCUAGUGUUGAAGUGAUGACUGACAAUGGAGUAUUAAUAUACGCAUCAAUGGACAACAGUUUGGGUUGUUGGAAUACCCAGGACCCAUUUACAACUAAAUACAUCCACACGAUAUAUAAGAGUGACGAAGAUUUUCAAUUUCCUAGUGGCAUGAAAAUUGUUGGUGACAAAGUGUGGGCAGUGUCAAGUCAACUUCAAAAUCAAUUCACAACUAUGGUAACUGAUAGUAAUUCAGUCAAGUAUAGGGUGCUAGUUGGUCAAGUGGACGAAUUGAUAAAAAGCACAGGAUGCAAUAAGAGGUUAGCAUCUAAUAUACAGAAUCUUGACCCCUCAAAAGAUCGCCUAGUAUUUAGUAGUAAAUAAAAGUAAAUACGGGAAAAUGGAUGCUUGCUUGCCAUGUUUUCAUAGAAUAAUUUACGACGUAAAAAACUUUUAAUUUAAUUUCUUAUACUAUCCGCAUGGCCUAUAAUUGAUCUUACUUCAUUAUAUAGAAUAAUAUGUAUAAUAAAUACUUAUAACUCGUUACCUACUCGUAUAGUAAUUAGUUAUUAGUUUUUUACUUAUUAUACUUAUUAGCUGUACAUUUUUAGCUAGGUAUCGUGAAUAAAAUACAUUUUUAUAAAUUUAUAAUUUAUAAAUUUAUUUAUUUAUAUAAAUUAAUAUUUCAAAAUAAAUAUUGUGUUGUGUACGUACAUCUUAAACAAUCAACAAUCAAUAUUUAUUUAAUGAAAAUUAUCACGAGUAGUUGCAUAAAUGCAAAAUACAUAAUAUAAAGAAUAAAAUUGAAAUAAAUUUAACUUUCAUAAAUUACCACUCCAAUAAUUGUGCAUACUUCCUACAGUUAUUAGUGCUAUCGCCUAUUAGUACAUACACUCAUGUUUUUAGAUAUUAGUGUUCAAAUAAUUACUACUGUAAUGUUUCAACAAUAAAUAUUAUAAUAAAGUGUAAUAUUAUAUUA